CCUCUGCACCUGCAAGCGAGGUUCGUAACGAGACGAUUGGCCGCUCUCAGUUGGAUCCUGAGUGCGCGAGGGGUGAGAAUGUCGACCGGUGGUAGACGCGCGUACACAUAGGGCGAGAAACUCUAUCGGGGAAAUUACCUUCACGCGGCGACGGCGGUGGUCGCUGUGCCCGCAUCACGCAUCUCGAAGAUCUCGCGCGCGCGCGCGCACGUGUCCGUUCGGUCGCGGAUGCAGCCAGCGUGAAAGCGUGGACGCGGAGGGGAAAAAACGCGCGUUCGAGAGAGAAAGCCCUUCGUGUCGGGGUAGCCGCGACGCGAGCUGCCACGAGGCUCACGUGCCUCAUCUCUCCCGAUCGCGGGGACUGGAUUUAAUCGGCUUCCCCGAAUUUCACGCUUCGUCAGGAUGAGACUCCCGCGGAUGCUGCUCGUCAUUGGUUACCUGCUGCGCUAUCACGUCGCCCGCUCGAUAGCCGCACCUGCAAGAGCGACAAGUCAGACUUUAUUAAAUAAAGUUGAUAAUACACUUUGGAACGAUGACGAUAACGAUGUCACGACAGAGGAGCCGCUUCUUAAAAAAUGCAUUGUAGACGGAAAUUUUUAUUCUCACAGUCAAACGAUACCAUCUUAUGACUCAAAUUCGCAUUGCCUAUGUGUCGCCGGUGAAGUUUACUGUUGGUGGCAAAAUUAUAAUCCGAGUACCGCCUCGUCGCUCAGCCCUUCUGUGCGAUCGACCGCGAUGGAAAGCAAUUACACUUCAUCCCUGGGAACGAGUACGGAUAUCGUGGAUGACUCCGAGGCUUCCGGGGAUUUUGACUCCUCGGUCAGCAGCCAACAAGGACACAUAGAAAUGAAUACCACUUUGUCGAACACAACGCCUUCUAUACCGACCACUUGCCUCGUGAUGGGAAGAGAGUAUCGACAGGGUGAGACACUACCACACUCAACGGGGAACUGCGUCGAAUGCAGCUGCGGCUCCGAAGGGCGCAUCGAAUGCUCGCCGAGAGACUGUGUGGCACUGCGACCCGAGAUAUUAGUCGCACCAGAUAUACCCGAGAUACUCGAUUUCGAAGUUUUCAACUUAGCGCGAGAUCGGGACAUCGAGGAGAAUUUCUAAAGCAUCCUCAAACUCGCCCAGUUCUGAUUGCCGCGAUAUCAUUACGACAUUGUAAAAAGCCAACUAAACGUUUAAUUAAAUGCGAUCUUGAAAAGACUGUUCCGUAAGAGGGUAGAUUUCUGUAAAAGAAGAUAGAUAUCUUGAGAAUAGGUUGAUUCUAAAGUUUGGCGAAAGUUGGAUUACCGGUUAACAAAAUGAAAUAUAAAAAA